UGCCAACAUGGCUUCUCCAACGAAAGCCGACAUGUCAUCAAAAACUCUACCUGUACACGAAACCAAUACUAACUUACUAUUUGAAAAGUUUACAGUUGACGAAAUCCGAGGAAUUGAAAAGAAGACCAGGAGUGAUAUUGAGAGAAAGAAAGAAGAUUUGAGGACGAUGGUUGGUGAAAGAUACCGAGAUCUGAUAGAGGCUGCAGAUACCAUUACAGAAAUGAAGAACAGUGCACAAAAUGUGAUGAAGUCUAUUACCCGUAUAGAUGAAAUGUGUAAGGAACUGAACCAGAGCCACAUGGUACGAGGCACCUCCUUCCACAAUAGAUCCAACAAGGAGCUUGAUCAAAAGAGGAAACAGGAGCUGAAAUUCCACAGCAUUGCAAUGCAGAUCAAAAUGCUAUUGGAUAUGCCAGAAAAGAUCUGGAGUGCCCUGGACCGCUAUGAUUACCUAACAGCAUCCAGACAUUACCUACUGUCCCGACACAUCCACACCAGUCUCCAGCUGGACUCUCAGCAGUCUCCUGACCUCCUACACAGAUUCCCAGUCCUCAGUCGCCAGUGGGCUGCCAUCAGUCAUUUUAGAGCCACCAUACUUCAGGGGAGCCGUGUGAUGUUAAAGGAGUCUGCCAUUACAGACCAGAAGAUAGCGGAAUGUCUGUGUAGUAUUAUCCUGCUUGAAGAUAGCACACCAAGACAGGUUUUCAACGAGUUCCUCCUCGCUCGCACGACAGCAGUGCAGCAGUUGUUCCAUCCAAACCAGACAGAAGGUGUAAAAGAUCAGGUGUGUACUGUGGUCCAGCUCAUCACUACCACAAUACACCAGAUACACAGUGUCUUCUACCAGGGUAAAAGCCCCACAAUGGGAGUGUGCAGUAACCUGCUGGUGACCAUCCUAACAACGGUGACAUCUCAGAAACAGCAUGAAUCUGGAUUACUGGACUUUCACCAAUCUUCAUCACUAAAAAGUCUUCCAUCCUCAGUUUUAGAUUUCUGCCCGACCCUGCGGUCUCACGCCACACCUGUAUCUGUACAGUACCUCCAGGACAACUGUCAGCAGUGGAUUGACACAUGUAUUCGGGAUGUGAAGCAUGGUGUGGGUAAGCUUUUAGGCUUUGUAAAUACUGUGAAGAGAUUGGCUGACAUCCGUGAUGCAGUGUGGGAACUAUUGUCCCAGGAUCACAGUAUGGCAGACUGGCAGGGUGUGUGUUCACGUAUCCUCAACAGGAAACUGUCCAGCUGGGACGACUUCCUGUGGGCACUAUUCCUGGACAGAGUUAAGGCAUUGAUGAAAUUCCAACUGGAUUCAGCAACUGAAUUGACCAAACGCCAGGUAUCGAAACUGGUAAUGGAAAUUGGAAGCAUAGAAGAUGGGAGCAGUGAGGUGGAGGUAGACCUGUCCAAGUAUAUCUGGUGUGAAGGGCCAGGGGAUAUACCGACCAACAUGGCCUGGACCACUGCCAAUACUCGCACCACUAGUGCUCAAGCACCCAGUGGCUUACUGAUGAGAGCCAAGGCCUUUACUCCUGUAAUUCAGAGCCUGUGUCGAAACUAUGAUGACAAGCUACUGACCCUGAUAGAGGAUUGCAAGCAUUACAUACAUCCAGCAGCUGACAAGGACACCCAGACAGACCCACUUUUUAAUCGCUAUGGUGAUACAGGUGACCUACUUAACCAUCUGAAGGUCUCAUGUCACAGAUGUGUAGAAGAACUUUUGACAUAUGUUGAUGAACAGCUGGAGUUAUGGAAAUUAUCAUUGGAAAUACCAGACAGGACAACCAAUCAGAUCACGAUAAACAAAAUUCUGUUAGUGGGAAGAUUUUGUGGAGCACUGUCAGAACUUGCCCCUUCUUUACAUCAUUGCAUUGUGGGACAGACAACACAGGACAAAUUUGACCUCAAAUCACAGAUGAAGAGUAGCAAACAGGGGUCAACAGUUGUGGAAGAUCCUAUAUGGCUACAAGUAAAGGAGAGACUUGGACAGUGUCACAAGGCUGCUUACAGAAUAUGGGUAGAGUAUCUUUGUGCCACCGUGUUAAAGGACUUCAAAGCUUGCAUCAGCAAUCCACAGGGCAAAGAUGCUAUAUCAACAUGUACAAGAUGGGAUGAGGUGAAUAUUCAAGAAGAAACAGAAAGUGGGAAGAAUGUGAGCUCUAAGAUCCGGAUUCCUAUGCAGGCCUCCUGGUAUGUACAUGACCUCUUGUUCAGCUUGUGUGGGGAAAUCAACAGAGUAGGAGCACACACUAUACACAGAAAAGUUGUGGAGGAGCUGGUAGUGAAUGUAUCAAACGGCAUCCUCACUUGUCACGAGGAAAUUCUCAACGCCUGUAGGAAGAAAAAGACGGGGAGUUAUUUUUCUUUAUCCCAGCAGACUGCUUUACAAUUAUUGUAUGAUGUCAAGUUUGUGGUCCGAAUCAUUCCAAGGAAAGAUGACCAGCAGGAAAGUAAACUGUACCAGCAGCGGUCAAGACGAGUAAUAGAGAGGCUCGAGGAAAAGAUUGACCCAUUCGACCUUGAUGUUUUCUCACCUUACAUUCAGGCUCACCUGGCCAAACAAACGCAGCGGUCAACUGUGUUGUAUGGUGCCCUGACAAGUUUAGAUAAGUUGGGGAUGUUCAGCAGUGGACGAGGUCUUCAGACAACUCACCAGGAGCAGCACAAUGUCCUGCCCCUGACCACAUGUCAAAACCGAUUCAUAUUACUGCCACUGAGUACCCAGCCUAGCAAUUCUACAAUGCCAUCACCUAUACUGUCACAGUCCCUAAAUAGGAGUGUGAUGACUGGUGGCGAUUCCCUGACCGAGAAAGCAGCGGCCGUCCUUCCUCAGCCCAGCUCUAGCUCGGACAUGACAAGUUCAUUUUACAACAAACUUGGCAGCAUGUCAGAACUGUCAAGCUGGUUUUCUAACAUCGGAGGAAGCACGAAGUAAUACAGAACUAUGGUGCACCUAUGGCAGAGAAAUAUUUUGACUACUUCCAGUCACCAAAUCAGAUGGUCUUGUACAGCUGCUGCUGUGUAUCUACAUUUGUAUAUUGAUUCAUAAAACAAAACAAAAUGUGUUAACACAAUAUCCUUUGCUUGCCUGAGACCUUAUUGACUUAUUCCUUUCUAAGGUAAUGAUAAAGAGACUAGAAUUUUUAUUGCUAUAUCAGAUUAAUUAAAAAUGCUUAUAAAUGCUUUUUAUGUUGUCGUGUUACAAAAUAUUUUGUAAGCCUAAAUCAUGUAUGAAUAUCAUGUAUGCAUGUGAGGGGAAGUAUUGUUUUAUUGAUGUAAUAAGUUGUAUACUUGUCAAUAAACAGGAUGAUUAAU